GAGAAGGACUAGGACGAGUGCGAAUUACCCGCCAAAAGUACGAUCAAGAUCAAAAGUUCUCGGAGAAAACAUACUAAGGACAGAUUUCCUACGGAUUUUAACCUUUUUUCAUCAACAUGGACGCACCUAGAGUGAACGCCUCCAUGAUGAAACAGUAUUCUGGUCGAUUGGUGUGUUUUGUAGGCAGUGUUUCAGAGAUAAAUUCAACGGGCACGGAACUUAAGAUGCUUUCUAGUGACGAUAAGAUGAUUCAUGUGGUGUUACCAGAGCCUCUUGAUGAAGCCCUUCAAGGAGUUGUGGAGGUUGUUGGCAGAGUAGAACGAGACCUCACCAUCAGUGCCCAGAGAAUUAUAAGCUAUGCUGGAAGGGAGGAAUUUGAUUUGAGCUUAUACAAUGAGGCAAUAACACUAGCAGCUGGCUUCCCAGAGAUGUUUGCUUGUGAACAAUCUAGUGGAUAUUAGACAGAACACUUUUGUACCAUAAAAUAUUUUUAUUCUUAAGACUGAAAGUCUUAACACAUCAGUACAUUAAAAAACAAGAGAACUUUCUAUCAUAAAUAUGCACACCCUACUACACUUAUCAUUCUGCAAACAAUAUAGUUUUUGUGAUAAAUAAUAUUAUUUGUAUACAGCAGUCGUGGGGGGCCAAUGCACCCCAUCCUGUUGGGCAGAAAUUUUAGAAAGGUAUUUUAGAAAAUCGACAGAUGCAGCUCCCACCUUACAUAUGUUCUUUACCCUUGGUGCCCUCCCUCCUCUUUGGGAAAAGAUAUAUCCCUCCCUGUACAGGGUAAUAAAAAGUUGGCCGACACACACAGUACAUCGAAGGCUACCACCCAGGGUAGUAACAUCAAUUAAACCUUGCAGAUAAAUAAAGUUCUGCUAUGCUGUGUAAAACAUUUAAUACAAAAAAACCUAGAGGGUUACAAGAUUCUGUUAUAAAUCAUUUGUCUGAUUUCA